AUGAUUUCAGAAUACCACAUGACUCAAUAUUGGUGCCAUUCCUGCCGCCGUCCUUAUUUACAAAACUCUUCAAGUGAUUCUUUUCACUGUGCAAGAUGCCAUUCAGAAUUGGUCGAAGAAAUUCAAAAUGACGACCAUCCUAGAAAUUUCGUCCCAGAAUUUGUAACUCCGAAUUCUGAGCCUCAACGACCCCCAUUAAAUUUCACAACAAAUACAUUAAGAAUUAUAAGACAAAUGCCAGAUGGGAACAUAAUAAUUACAGAAAGAGCAAUGCCUCAGCCCAACUUCUUUUUUUUCGAAGCUCCAAAUCCAGGAAUAGAAAUAGCUGAUUUCAUGAACCUUUUAGGUCAGCUAAAUCAAGGGAGACAAGGCCCUCCACCUGCAAGUGAAUAUAUCAUAAAUUCUCUUCCUAUUCUUAAAGGUUCUGAAGUUUCAGGAGAAUGCUCUAUUUGCCAAGACUCAUUUAAGCCUAACGACCAAAUCAGAAGGAUGCCUUGUCAGCAUAAUUUUCACAAUGACUGCAUUGUGAGGUGGCUUAGAAUUCGAAAUAACUGUCCAACUUGUCGAAGUUCAGUAGAAAAUCCCCAAAAUUCGACAUCAUCUUGUAUUUAA